AUGGGUAAGAACGUUUUAUUGCUGGGAUCUGGUUUUGUUGCGCAACCAGUCAUCGACACAUUAGCAGCUAGCAAUGACAUUAGUGUCACCGUCGCAUGCAGAACACUAGCCAAUGCACAAUCUUUGGCCAAGGCCUCUGGCUCCAAGGCUAUUUCUUUGGACGUUACCGAUGAUGCUGCUUUAGAUAAGGUUUUGGCUGACAACGAUGUCGUCAUCUCAUUGAUUCCUUAUAUUUUCCAUCCAAAUGUGGUAAGAAGUGCCAUCAGAACUAAGACCGACGUCGUCACCUCGUCUUACAUCUCCCCUGCAUUGAAAGAAUUGGAACCUGAAAUCAAUAAGGCAGGUAUCACUGUCAUGAACGAAAUAGGGUUGGACCCUGGUAUCGACCAUUUGUAUGCGGUAAAGACUAUAGAUGAGGUUCACAGAGCUGGUGGUAAGUUGAAGUCAUUUUUGUCGUACUGUGGUGGGUUGCCAGCUCCUGAAGAUUCUGAUAACCCAUUGGGAUACAAGUUCUCAUGGUCUUCUAGAGGUGUGUUAUUAGCCUUGAGAAACUCAGCCAAAUACUGGAAAGACGGUGAGAUUGAGACCAUCUCUUCGGAAGAUUUGAUGGCUACUGCUAAACCUUACUUCAUCUACCCUGGUUAUGCGUUUGUCUGUUACCCAAAUAGAGAUUCUACACUUUUCAAAGAGCUAUAUCAUAUUCCUGAAGCUGAAACCGUUAUCAGAGGAACUUUGAGAUUCCAAGGUUUCCCAGAGUUCGUUAAGGCUUUAGUUGACAUGGGUAUGUUGAAGGACGAUGCUAAUGAGAUUUUCAGUAAGCCAAUUGCAUGGAACGAAGCUUUGAGACAAUAUUUGGGUGCCAAGUCUGCUUCUAGAGAAGAUUUGGUUGCCUCCAUUGACUCAAAGACCAACUGGAAAGAUGRUGAAGACAGAGCUAGAAUCCUAUCUGGAUUUGCUUGGUUAGGCUUGUUCUCCGAUGCAAAGACCACUCCAAGAGGUAACCCUCUAGACACUCUUUGUGCACGUCUGGAAGAAUUAAUGCAAUAUGAAGAAGGUGAAAGAGACAUGGUCGUACUACAGCAUAAAUUCGGCAUUGAAUGGGCUGACGGAACUACCGAAACCAGAACAGCUACUUUAGUCGAUUACGGGAAGGUCGGUGGCUACAGUUCCAUGGCUGCAACCGUGGGUUAUCCUGUGGCCAUUGCAACUAAGUUUGUCCUAGAUGGUACAAUCAAAGGUCCAGGUCUAAUAGCACCAUACUCGCCAGAGAUCAACGACCCAAUCAUGAAGGAACUAAAGGACAAGUAUGGUAUUUAUCUAAAGGAAAAAACGGUGGCUUAA